GAUAAGUGCUGUAUUUGAACUCAAACAUUAUUGAAACGUUACUUGAAACGUAGUUUGGUUUUUAGUGGUCAGGUUCCUUUGGCUCAAAAUAUAUUUUUGUUUGAGUGAAAGGCAACGCCGAACUUCUCUUACAACCCGGAGGCGUCGCAAUCAUGACGACCAAGCGCCGCAAUGGAGGACGCAACAAGCACGGCCGCGGCCACGUGAACCCCAUCCGGUGCACCAACUGCGCCCGCUGCUGUCCCAAGGACAAGGCCAUCAAAAAGUUUGUCGUCCGUAACAUCGUGGAGGCCGCCGCUGUCCGUGACAUCAACGAGGCCUGCGUCUACCAGACGUACGUGCUGCCGAAGCUGUACGCCAAGCUGCACUACUGCGUCUCGUGCGCCAUCCACUCCAAGGUGGUGCGGAACCGGUCGCGGCGCGACCGCAAGGACCGCACGCCGCCGCCGCGCUUCCAGCGCCAGGACAACAAGCCCCAGCCCAACAAGAAGUAGACGGACGCUGACUGUGACGGACAUGUAAUACACCGGGACACGUCA